UCCGCGGCCUCAGAGGUAGGAGCUCAGGUUCUCACAUGAAGGAAACAAUCCGUCGUGAAUCUGAUCUAAAUCUUCACCAUCCUCUUCCUUCGUCCGCUCAGAUUCACUCGCGCUGUUGAAAACUCUCCGCUCAGAUUUUCUGAAAAUGGUCCGCUACUCCCUCGACCCCGAGAACCCGACCAAGUCAUGCAAGUCGAGGGGCUCCAACCUCCGGGUUCACUUCAAGAACACCCGUGAGACAGCUCAGGCCAUCAAGGGGAUGCACAUCCGCAAGGCCAACAAGUACCUGAGGGACGUUAUCGUCCAACACCAGUGUGUCCCCUUCCGUCGCUACAACGGAGGCGUUGGUCGCUGCGCUCAGGCCAAGCAGUUCGGCUGGACUCAGGGACGUUGGCCCAAGAAGAGCGCGGAGUUCCUCCUGCACAUGCUCAAAAACGCAGAGAGCAACGCUGAGCUCAAGGGUCUGGAUGUGGACUCUCUCGUUAUCGAACACAUCCAAGUCAACAAGGCCCCGAAGAUGAGGAGGCGCACGUACCGCGCCCACGGUCGCAUCAACCCUUACAUGAGCUCGCCGUGCCACAUCGAGAUGAUCCUGACGGAGAAGGAGCAGAUCGUCCCCAAACCAGAGGAGGAGGUCGCUCAGAAGAAAAAGGUUUCACAGAAGAAGCUGAAGAAGCAGAAACUGAUGGCACGCGAGUAAAAACCAAUAAACCUGAAAAGUUGACAUCA